GAAAAUUCCCCACUUUAGUUGGAAGCAGUCAGCGGAGAGCGAGCGACCGAUCGGAGAAGCUGCGGAGAAAUUGAGGACAAGGAGGCAUGGAGUUUGUUGACAUCCCAACCAAGCAUUUUCUGGAGCAGUUUGUGGCGCUGUUCGGACUUGCUCCACCAGUUGUCUGUUGGAGGCCUGCUCCUGAGGGAUUGUACAUUGUGGGGGUUCAGGUUAACCUUGGUCCUGCAGACAGGGUUCCUCACGUGUACUAUGAAGCUGCAGGAGCCACUAUCCCUGAGGCGGAGCAGGCAGCCUGCCUGAUGGUGAUCCACGCCGUAGCUGCCGAACGUAAUGUGGAAAUUAGGGAUAUUAACUACUACCACCUAGGGUACCUGCAGCAUCAGGUGGAGGAUCUGCGCAAGAAGCUGAUGGAGGCCGAGCAUCUUUGUGCUGAACUGAUGAACAUUGUCCGCUCCAGCGAGAGUGAGGUCGCUUUUCUGGAGCGCCUCACUCACAGGUUCUAUCGUCGCAUUCGCUGCCUGAGGGACACUGUGGCUGCACUGCAGCAUGGUGGUGGCGGAAGUUCCAGCGGCAGUGUGUGAGCAGUGGAUGGGCAUCAGCACCGUAGCAGUCCCGUUGGGGUCCUUUCUAUAGUAUUUAGUAUCUUUAGAAUAAAAUCUUGCAGGGUAUGAGUGUGGGUGGUUCAGGUUUUGGGGCUGCAAGAUAGACAUGGCGUGAGGUGUGGAGGAUGACACUAGUUGUCCUUUGGGUUUGAGGGAGCCUCUAGUUAUGGUGUUAUGCUGUGCUUGUAAUGUAAGGACUGAGUUCUCUGUGUUGGGAUGGUCUAAGCAUGCUGCUACGUUGCCGUUUAGCUCAUGUGGUUUUCUCUUAAAAAAACUGAAGUUUG